AUGCGCCCCCAAAUUACAUCAAAAUUACAAGAAGAAUUAGCCGACAAAUCUGCUAUUAAAUGGUAUGUCGUGGCAAAAGUUCAUUUAACACGCACAACACGGGAUGGGGAAUUAGAUGCUAUUGCCCCCCAUUUCCGAUCUAAAUGUGCUAUUGAAUUAAUGGAGGAAACUGUGGAAGGUCAUGUGGAAGAGGGAUUUCAAAAACAAAAAAUCCUAAAGUCCUUCGAAGCAUUUACUCAGCGGGGAUCGGGAUGGAUUCUCGAUAAAAUAAAUCAAUUAGAUUUAUGUGUGGCAAAAUAUCAUCCGCUCGCCCCGAGUAGUUACAUCCCCCUUCCCAAAAAGCUGGCUGAUAAGAAAGCCAUUUUAAAUAUCCAGAACAUGGACUUAAAAUGCUUCGUAUGGUGCCUACUAGCACAUAAAAUGAAGAUUCACUGGAAAAAUAACCCUGAACGAGUUAGUCAUUACAUACCCUAUGAAGCAGAUAUUAAAUUAGGCAAGAUCCAGUGCCCCGUUCCAGUCACGAAAAUACCAGUCAUUGAAAGACUGAAUAAUAUCCGUAUUAACGUCUUCGGAUAUGAAGAUGAUGAAGUGUUCCCCCUCUAUGUAUCCCCUCAAGAAAAUGAGGACUGUAUUAAUUUGCUCUACAUUUCUAAUGAAGGAGGCAGUCAUUAUUGCCUCAUUAGAAACUUUUCGCGGUUAAUGGGAGAUUUAACACGUCAUAAGACAUGCACCUUUUACUGCUAUCGCUGUCUCCACAGAUUUUCAGAGGAGCGAAAUUUAAAAAAUCAUAUAACGUUCUGCAAAGAACACUCACCGCAGCAUAUUAAAAUGCCUUCAGAGGAAGAUAAAUUUCUUUCAUUUAGAAAUCAACAUUUCCAACAUCCAAUUCCGUAUAUCAUAUAUGCUGACUUUGAGGCUAUCGUCAAAAAAGUGCAUACGUCGGAACCGAGUCAUGCUACCUCAUACACACAACCCAUUAUGAAGCAUGAAGCUUGCGGGUACGCUUACAUCAUAAUAGGUCCCGAUGGCAAAAGUUUAAAACCUGCUCACGUGUAUCGAGGAUCAGAUGCGGUAGAUAAUUUUCUGCAAAAUAUCAUCCGUGAAAAAGAUGAACUUGCGGAAACAUUAACUCACAUCGUUCCAUUAAUUAUGACACCCCAACAAGAGCAGGACUUUUUAACGGCUACGAUUUGCAAUCUGUGUAAGAAGCCUCUUUAUAAGGAUCGCGUUCGCGAUCACGAUCACUUGACGGGACAUUACAGAGGAGCAUUACACAGUUUAUGCAAUCUGAAAUAUCGCUUGCAGAAAAAGAUACCGGUGGUCUUCCAUAAUUUGAAGCAUUAUGACGCUCACCAUAUAAUGCAGGGACUGGGAAAGAUCGAAGACCAUCAAAUUGAAGUCAUCGCUACGAAUAUGGAAAAAUAUAUCACUUUUGCCCUUAGCAAGAAACACAAUAAGAUCAAAGUUUCUUUACAAUUCAUCGACAGUUUCCAGUUUUUGAAUACAUCUCUUGAAAAACUGGUACAAAAUCUGCCUGCAGAAAAAUUCAACAUUUUAAAGGAAAAUGUAAGAGAAGGGGAUCUUUCUCUUCUCUUGAAAAAGGGCAUUUACCCUUACGAUUACAUCCAGUCCUUUGAGAUGUUUGAAGAGACGGCGGCGUUACCACCUCCUGCCGCCUUUCACAAUAGUUUAACGGACGAGGAGAUUUCAGCGUCAGAUUACGAACAUGCACAGGCAGUAUGGAACAGCUUCAACAUCCGUACAAUGGGGGAAUAUCACGACUUGUACGUGAAAUCAGACGUUUUACAACUGGCAGACGUAUUCGAAAAUUUUAGGAAAUUGUGUUUGCAAUUUUAUGAAAUCGAUUGUGCUCAUGUAAUGACAUCACCCGGUCUGUCCUGGCAAGCAUGUUUAAAAAUGAUUGAGCAGCCUCUAGAACUUUUAACCGAUGUAGAUAUGCAUCUCUUCAUUGAACAGGGGAUACGAGGGGGAAUUUCAGUGAUUACAAAGCGGUGGGCGCAGGCAAAUAAUCAUUAUAUGCCAAAUUACGAUUCAACAAACCCAGAGAGCUAUAUCAUGUAUCUAGAUGCAAAUAACCUGUAUGGAUGGGCGAUGUCGCAAGCAUUACCCUAUGGCGAAUUUGAAUGGAUUUCUGCGGAAGCUGUAACCCCUGAAUGGAUUCUUUCCAUUAGUGAAAAUUCAACAGAAGGUUAUAUUUUAGAAGUUGAUUUGGAGUAUCCUCCUGAACUACAUGACGCUCAUAAUGAUUAUCCUCUCGCACCUGAAAAGAAAUGUCUUCCAUCCAUUUGGCUUACAACCGUAAACUGCUCUUCUCAUACUCUCAACAUUCCGGAAUCUUCUCGUAUCCGGCAUUCGAUAUUUUCUGAGCUUUUACUGUAUUUCAAAUUGAAGGAGUUACUCCAUCUGCAACAGAAAAUUACCCAUCAUGACUCCACAUUCGCACCUACAAAGAUUGACCUACGAUGUACUGUAUCCCACACCCAUCCAGCACGCAGAGGAAAAGGUAUCAAAGUCACACUGACACAGCACAGCGACUCAGAGCUGACCUCAGCGAUCUUCACAGAUGGCUCAAAAUCUGAUGCAGGAGUAGGAAGUGCCCUAGUCCAUCUCACUAACUCUGUACAGACAUAUCACUGGAAGGGCACCUCACGGAACAUAACAGCGUCUUCCAGGCAGAGGCCUUAG